AUGAACUACCUCACAGAGAACAUUCUGAAUCCAGUACCGUAUAACCUCUUUUCUGCAGAUGAUGUGGUUUUGAUAUCGGAAAGUAAACAAGAAACACAGGACAGUUUAGAUCUGUGGAGAAAAGCUUUCGAGUCUGGUGGAUUGCGCAUUAGUAGAACUAAUACGGAAUAUAUGGCGUUCAACUUCGGCCCCGACAAAUCUAGUACAACAAACACUGAACUGAAGCUAGACGGAAAAAUCCUACCAAGAGUAAGCAAGUUCAAAUACCUGACUUCUGUUAUUUCAGAAGAUGGCACGAUUACAACUGACAUUACUCAUAGAACAACGUCUGGGUGGAGUAAAUGGAGCGAACUCACGGGGGUGUGUGACCCAAAAAUGCCAAUAAAAACAAAAGGCAAGGUCUAUAAAAAAAACAGUUAG